AUGCUCAGCACAACUCGACGGUUCGUGCUGCUUUCGCAGGGUUUUCAACGCCGUGGCUUAGUAGCUUCGUGCAAAAGAGCGUAUUCCAAGAAAAUUGCUUCAGAAGAAACACAGUCCUCCAACCUAGCAAACAGAUUCUACGAGUACAAGAAACCUCCGCCAAAGCAGGAGACAUGGCUAGCUCAAUAUCUUCGUCGUUCGCCAAGAGCUAUGUCCAUUUUCAAAGCUGUAAUUGGAAACCUAGGGAUGGGAAACCCUAGACAAAUCGCUGGUCGGACUUCUUACCACUACUACCAAAAUGCUUGUGCGGUCAGAGAGCUCGAGGAGCGGGAAUUUUGGCACAAAGAGUGUCGAUUACCACCAACGUUCCAAACUUGGUUUACCGUGACCAAUCUACAUGUCUGGCUCCUUACCGUCCGUUUCCGAGCUUUACCUCCACCAUUCGGAGACAACUUCGUGCAAGGCCUCGUGGACCACUUCUUCCUAGAUGUUGAAGAACGCAUCCGGCAGACCCUCUCAGAGAAGGCACCCGAACGUCUUGUCACCCGCCAAAUGAAAAUUCUACGAGAACAAUGGGCAGGACUCAAUGCCUCUCUAGACUAUGCGCUUGGCCUUUCCUCCCCUUUCGCAAAAAACAUCGCAGGCCCUAGGAGCGGCGACGGCGACGCAGAAAUGGCAGCCGCCGUAUGGCGUAACUUCCUUGGUGCACGCGGUGCACAUGGAAUUGACGAUCCGGGACGCGUACGUCGUGCCGUUAACAUCUCUGGGGAAUAUGGCAAGGAGAAGUUACAGAAAGACCGACCCGAGGACAGCCUUAGAAAACUCGAAGAAACUGACGACGGUUCAGGCGUGUACGAUUUUGUAGGGAAAGACGUCGAACUCUACGUCCGAUACCCUGAACUUAUGUACGCCCUCACGAAAUAUAUUCGGCGAGAGCUCAAACGUCUUGAAGGGAUCAGUGACGAAGUCAUAUUGGAUGGAGAAGGUGUAGGGAAGUUUGGCAAAAUUCUGGACUGA